AAGCAGAAAGAGAUAGGAACAAGACUAGAAAAGAGAGAAGAGCUUCAAAGCGAGAGAGACCUUCCUGAGUCGACUCGGAACGAGUUGGCUUUUUUUCUUUUCUUUUCUUAAUCUCAUCUACUGUAUUCGUUUUCGAGCUCCUUUCUUUCUCUCGGUUGGCUGUUCAUCUAAGCUCUUUAUCCCCGAUACCGGUUUCUCCCUCCCUACCUCGCCGUCGCGUCAUUUUCGUCUGAUUGUUGUUAUAUGGACUUUAAGCUCGUCUCGUUUAGUUCGGAGGAUUUGGCUUGGUUGAUCUGUCUUUGAUUUAAGCAAGAAAUAAGAAAGGGAACUUUCAGCAUAGAGGCUGUCUUGGUCUCCACAAUUCAUGUCACGUAAGCUGCUCGACAAUAGUCCUGUUCAGACACAAAUGGCUGUUUCGCUUCUUAAGAGCCCCUUGACCGGGGAGUUCCACGGGUUAAACAAGAUUGGGAUGAAGACUCCCGUGGGUCGUAGGCGCGUUUUUGUUCAGACAGAGACUGGUUGUGUACUGGGGAUGGAGCUGGAUCGCAGCGAUAACGCGCACACCGUGAAGAGGAAGCUGCAGGUCGCUCUUAACUUCCCCACAGAGGAAAGCUCUUUGACCUUUGGUGAUCUGGUGCUUAACAACGAUCUUACAUCAGUCAGGAACGAUUCUCCUCUGCUGCUAACUCGGAACAACUUCCAUCGGAGUUCAUCAACUCCAUGUCUUUCUCCGAUGAGAGCUGACCUUCAGCAGCAUCAUAGAGACGAGACCAGUUCUAUUGAGAUACUUGGGAACUCGGUCUGUUCAUCCUUUGUGAGGCAGAUGGCUAAGGAUAUCACAAAAGCGUUGAAGAGGGGUAUUGAUCCUGUUGCUGUCAAUAGUGGACUCGGAGGAGUUUACUUUUUCAAGAACUCUCGUGGUGAGAGCGUUGCGAUUGUGAAACCAACUGAUGAGGAGCCUUUUGCUCCUAAUAAUCCGAAAGGUUUUGUCGGUAAGGCGCUUGGACAGCCCGGGUUGAAACGCUCUGUGCGGGUUGGAGAGACGGGUUACAGAGAAGUCGCUGCUUAUCUACUCGACAAGGAUGGUUUUGCGAAUGUUCCUCCCACUGCGCUUGUGAAGAUCUCUCACUCUAUAUUUAAUGUUAAUAGUGGAGUGAAGGGGAGUAAGCGUAUGGAGAAGGUGCUGGUGAGUAAGAUUGCUUCUUUGCAGCGGUUUGUAUCUCAUGAUUACGAUGCUAGCGAGCACGGGACGUCCAGCUUCCCUGUUUCGGCUGUGCACCGUAUAGGGAUUCUUGAUGUUAGGAUCUUGAAUACGGACAGACACUCGGGGAAUCUUCUGGUUAGGAAGCUGGAUGGUGUGGGGAUGUUUGGUCAGGUGGAGCUGAUUCCGAUUGAUCACGGUCUUUGCUUGCCGGAGACUCUUGAAGAUCCUUACUUUGAGUGGAUUCAUUGGCCGCAAGCUUCGAUUCCGUUCUCAGAAGAGGAGAUGAAGUACAUAGCAAGUCUUGAUCCUUUUGAAGACUGUGAGAUGCUGCGGAGGGAGCUUCCAAUGGUACGGGAGGCUAGUCUACGUGUUUUGGUUCUGUGCACGGUUUUACUGAAGGAAGCUGCUGCGUAUGGUCUGUGUUUGGCUGAGAUUGGUGAGAUGAUGACUAGAGAGGUACGUGCUGGAGACGAGGAGCCUAGUGAGAUUGAAGUGGUGUGUCUUGAGGCUAGGAGUUUGAUGGGAGAGAAGGAAGUUGAGUCUCCAAGAUCAGACUUGGGCGGUGAUGUUGAGUUCCAGUUUGAUUUAGAUUGUGAGGAAGCAUCCCCACUUGGAUUCACUCGUAGUCAUCUGUCUAAGGUGGAAGAAACAACAGAAGAGGAAGAUGAAGAAGAAGAAGAAGAAGAAGAGAAGGAAGUGAAUGAGGUAGCUAAACCAGAGAAGAUGCCGGCUAUCAGCAAGCUUUCAAUGUCUUUGAAAAGCACACUUCUUGGUGAAAAGAGCCAGAAGUAUCAGAAACACCCAGGAGCGAGAGCAGAGAGCGCGUAUGCGUCGUCUGGACAGAGGAGUGCAGAAGAACAGAUCCCAGCGAGCACAAGCUUUGUGAAGCUCUCGGAUAUGAGUGAAGAGGAGUGGAAGAUAUUCCUGGAGAAGUAUCAAGAGCUGCUUUAUCCGGCGUUUGCAAAGCGCAAGGCUAUAACUUUAGGACAGAAUCUGAGGCAGAGGCUGGGAACUUCGUGUCAGUUUUGAGAUGUCUGAGACUGUGGAAGAAUAAUAAUAAAGGAUCGUCUUGCAGACAGAACUUCUGGUGGAGAAAGAUGGUCAAGAAGAGAUAAGUGGUGGUAUGGAUUUUAGUGUAAAUAUUGGUUGAUGUCAGCUUUUAGUGUGGAGAGGCUCUGAGUGAUGAAGAGAGAGUUUAGUCGGUCACGUGUCUUUUGUUCAUUCUUUUUAAGAUUUCUUAAAAACCCUCAGGAUCUCGUUUUUUUUUUUUUUUUUUUCUCUCAGGAUCUCGUUGUUGGUU